AAAAAGAAUUUUGACAUUUUAAUUUAAUAUUGUUAUGAAUGGAAAAGAAAGUAUUACACUUUCUCAGAAAGAAAAAGAAGAUAGAAUUCGACAAUUCAGAGAACAACAGGAAGAAGAACGACAGCGCCGACUAUACGAACUACAGCAUGCAACAAUUCAAGCACAGAAACAUAGAGAACAACUGGAAGAUGAACGUCGCAAAAAGAUAAAAGAAUUACGAAUAAAAGAGAUAGAAAGAAGGCAAGCUGUUGAAGAAAGAAAAAGAAUGAUUUGGGAAGCUGAGCAGGAGAGAAAAGAAGCAAUUUUAAAAAGAAACUUAGAACGUGAAGCAAGGAUAGAAGCAAGACGGAAUGCUCAAAGAAAUGCCAUGUCAUAUGCAUUUGGCAGUUCUACUCCUCGAUCAUUUGAUCUAGAUUUAGUAGCUUUAGGUUCUAGUCGUCUUGCUUCUCAAGGUUCAAUUGUCUUAUCUGCUUCAAGCAGUCAUCAAAUAGAUGAAAAAGAACAUGAUUCUAAAAAGUUCCUAAAAUCAAAUUGUUUAGAUAGAAAACCAGAAGACAAUACCUACCACGCAGAAGAAUUUAUUCAAGAUACUAUCCAAACUCAAGCGACAAAUUCUGAUUCAUUUGCUCAGCUUACAAAUGAGUCUGAAGUUAAGAACAGAAAUUUUUCUGAUGCAAUCUCUGAUGAUAAAGAUUAUAACACAAUGUCCAAAAUCAAUGAUUUAUCCCUGAGUCUCAAGAAACAGUGUCAUCCAUACAGUUUAGGUUCUCUUAUUGGCUCGGGGGCCGUAGUGGGUGAGUAAGGGCUAUAUGCUGAUGGCAUGAUUAGAUCUGCUCUGGCAUAUGUAAAUGUCUUCUGCUUGACAUAUAUCUUAAGUUUUAAAAUAAGCUUGAAAAAGCAAAUCACCUGCAUGUUACUGUAGACUUUUGAGCAGACUUGCAACAUCAAAUGGAAUGUAUAAUGUUUUGUGGUUUAAUAUAACAGAUUUUAAUUCUAUAAUAUGUUAAAAUGGAACUUUAAUGACAGUUUGUUAUAUAAGCAAUAUAAUAUCACAGCAAUAAAAAAAUGUUUAAGCAACACUUUUUUCAUAGCUAAAAGAAGAUUCUUAUAUAAAUAAUUUAUGAA